AUGCAGAACGCCGUGCUGGCGUGCCCCGCGCCGUCCGGCGGAGGCGCGGGAGGAGACGGCGGGGUCGGGGGCGCAGGCGUCGUGAUGGUGAAGCGCGCGGCCCUGGUGGCGUGCCUCACCUGCCCGCUCUGCCGCCGCCUGCUCCGCGACGCCGCCACCAUCACCGAGUGCCUCCACACCUUUUGCAGAAAGUGCAUAUCUAAGGAGUUCAUCGAUAAGGAGAUCUGCUACUGCCCUACUUGCAACAUUGAUUUAGGCUGUGCUCCAGAGGAGAAACUCAGAGUUGAUCACAGCCUACAAUAUGUGAGGUCAAAGAUAUUUCCUUCUAAAAGACGGAAGGUUGUGGACCAAGAAGCCAUAUCACCGGUCGAAUCACCUGUCAAGAGAAAAGAAAGAUCUCUAUCUUCACUGUCAGUCCAUGGUCCUCGGGUGUCUAUACAGAAAUGCCUCACAAAGAGGAGAACAAAAGCUUCGUGCUUACGCAGCUUGUCUUUGGGCAAUAAAGAUGCAACAAAGAAAGUUGGAGGAUGGAAACCUUUGGCCUCUCAUAUUAGAGUUGGUAAAAGUAAAAAAUCUCUCAAAUCAGGUUCCGAAGAGGACAAUAGAACUGGAAUCAAGUCUGAUGAUCCAGAGCAUGGUGCUCCUUCCAAUGAAGCAAAGGCUAGCCUCUUGAAACGCUUGUUGGAGUCUAAGGAACACCUGACAAAAAAGGAGAAUCUAGUGAAGAAGACUGGAAGCAAGAAAGUGUUCACUCUGAAGGGGAAAAAGAAAAUAUUCAAGGCAAAACAACCUAGGAAAAAGAGAAGAUUGCGAGCAUUAUGGUUCUAUCUAGUGGCUGCUUUUGACCAGAAGGGACAACCUCCUUUACCACAGCUACCUACGAAAUUUUUGAGGAUCAAGGAUGUUGAAUUGCCUGCUUCCUUCAUACAAAAGUACCUUGUGCAGAAACUCAAUCUUUCAAGUGAAGCUGAGGUGGAGUUGAUGUGCGCUGGCAAGAAAGUGGACCCAGCAAUCACCCUGCAUGACAUAACGGACUGCUAUCUGGACAAAGGACCGAACGGUUGGGUGCGGUCGUCCGUGGGCUCCCCUGCCACCGGGUUCAUCACAACGGUGUUCUACAGCAGGCCAGAGCUGCCCACACCCCCAACACCACCGCCACCACCUGAAAGUCACCAUGGAGCGCCGCCUCAUGUCUGA